AGGCUUAGCCGGCACAGCGGGGCUGCGGUUGGCUGCCGCGCGCGCGCUUGAGUCUUCUUAAAGUGGGAGACUUUAAAGUGGAAGCUGCAGGUGCCUUGGACACAUGAAUUUCUCUGCUUUCCUAUGAUUUCCUAGUCCAGGCCAGUCUCAGCCAUCCUGCUGCCGACCAUUUGCUUGCCCUGAUCUCCAACCAUGGGUCUUCCUCUUUUUCCUUCAGGGAAGACUGACGCCAGGAUGUGGUGGGGAAAGAGUACCGUCGCAUUUACUAGACUCUCAAAGAUGUCAACUCAAGGCCAUACUUGGGCCCGACAGGUGAAGAAGGAGGAUGAGGAAGAGGAUCCGCUGGACCAGCUGAUUUCCCGCUCUGGUUGUGCUGCUUCCCACUAUGCAGUACAGGAGUGCAUGGCCCAACACCAGGACUGGCGACAGUGUCAGCCACAGGUACAGGCCUUCAGGGACUGCAUGAGUGAACAUCAGGCAAGGCGGCGGGAGGAGCUGCAGAGGAGGAAAGAGCAAGGCAGUGCUCACCACUGAGACCCCAAACCACCUAUCCCCAGAGGAUGUCCCUGAAGAAACCAGCCCAGAGAGAUCAUAGGAGGAAGAAGUCCUGAACAGUGGAAGUUUGGGCCGAGAGGUGUAGAACAUGGGGAUUGUCUGGCCAAGACUGACUUUGAGAGACAGACAGCCAUGGGUUUGGACAUGACUGCUGUAAAGAGCUGUCAUAUUUUCAUUGUGCAAUCCCACACAUCCUCACCUACCAUGUUACACCAGUAUUAAAUGUCAACUGAUAUUUGCCAAGUAAAACAAAGAGUUGGGUUAAGGGAUGCUCUCUUACCUUACAUCUUGGGUCAGUGUGCCAGGUACUGAGCCGAUUACAUGGAUGUUUAAUUUUAAAAGUAAAUUCACAAUCUAAAUGUAAACUGAUUACCUAAUCAGGUCUUCAUUUAUUGAGGAAUUGGUUCAACACAGCAAGUUUUUCUGAGACCUUCCCAUGUGCCAGGUACUGUGUGAAUGAAUAAUAUGAUCUGAUGUGAUAAAUAAUAGGAUCUCUUCUUUCAUGUUUCUUAGUCUGGUUUGAGAGAUAGAAAUAAAUAAAACAGCAUUAGAACAACUAA